GUGAAAGCAGAAAGUUGAUUAAAAUGGCAGGACAGAAGCCCCUUUUGGAGUUGGAAAACUUUAUUGCUGGUAAAUUCAUUCCCUGUAAUUCACAUAUAGAUUCCUAUGACCCAUCUACAGGGGAGGUAUAUUGCAAAGUUCCAGACAGUGGCAAAGAAGAGAUAGAAGCGGCAGUCAUGGCUGCUAGAGAAGCCUUUCCCCAUUGGUCAUCCAUGAGUCCCCAGGAUCGCUCUCAUAUCAUGAAUAAGUUAGCAGAUCUUCUGGAACAAUCCCUGGAGGAUUUUGCCCAAGCUGAAUCAAAAGACCAAGGGAAAACAAUCACGUUUGCCAGAACUGUGGACAUCCCUCGGGCUGUGUACAAUUUCCGAUUCUUCGCCUCCUCGGUCCUUCACCACACCACAGAUGCCACUCAGAUGGAUUCAAUGGACUGCAUGCACUAUACUGUGAGAAGUCCUGUUGGAAUUGCUGGUUUGAUAAGUCCUUGGAAUUUGCCUCUUUAUUUGCUGACCUGGAAGAUUGCUCCAGCUAUUGCUGCUGGAAAUACAGUGAUUGCGAAGCCCAGUGAGAUGACAUCAGUGACUGCAUGGAUGCUGUGCAAACUUUUAGAUGAAGCAGGGGUCCCACCAGGCGUGGUGAAUAUAGUGUUUGGAACUGGACCCAAAGUAGGAGAGGCGCUGGUGUCCCAUCCCGAAGUGCCACUGAUCUCAUUUACUGGGAGCACCUUGACGGCAGAGCGCAUCAUGCUGAAGAGCGCCCCCCACUGCAAGAAACUCUCUCUGGAGCUUGGGGGCAAGAAUCCUGCCAUCAUUUUUGAUGAUGCCAACCUGAGGGAAUGUAUCCCUACUACUGUUAGGUCCAGCUUUGCUAACCAGGGUGAAAUCUGCCUCUGUACCAGUAGAAUCUUUGUCCAAAGGAGCAUUUAUGAGGAAUUUUUAGCAAGAUUUGUGGAAGCCAUAAAAAAGUGGAAAGUUGGUCCUCCUUCUGAUGCUACAAGCAGCAUGGGAGCCCUGAUUAGCAAGACCCAUUUAGAGAAAGUUAGAAAUUACAUAAAGAAGGCUUAUGUUGAUGGGGCAAGAAUUCUGUGUGGAGAGGGUGUGGAUAAUUUGGAUCUCCCACCCAGAAACAAAGGGGGCUAUUUCAUGCUUCCCACUGUGAUCACUGACAUUAAGGAUGAAUCUUGUUGCAUGAAGGAAGAGAUAUUUGGCCCUGUUGCUUGUGUUGUUCCUUUUGAUACCGAAGAGGAAGUGAUUGAAAGAGCUAAUAAUGUGAAGUAUGGCCUCGCAGCAACUGUGUGGUCUAACAAUGUUGGAAGAGUCUGGCGAGUAUCUAAGAGAUUGCAGUCAGGAUUGGUCUGGAGUAACUGCUGGCUCAUCAGGGACCUGAACCUUCCUUUUGGUGGAAUGAAAGCUUCAGGAAUUGGUAGAGAGGGAGCAAAGGACUCAUAUGAUUUCUUUACUGAAGUGAAAACAAUUACUGUUAAAUAUUGAUUUUUACUUAUGAAAAAAUUAUGAUGAAUGUCUUUUAAUAGUGUGAUUAGCAUAUAGUUGUGAAUAGAAAUAAUAAAAUGAAUGAGGAUUAAGAAAGUUACAGAAAGUAAAUGGACGAUUUUGAUUUAUUAAAAUUAUACAUCUGUUGCACAAACAAAACCAAUGCAGCUAAAAUUAAAAAGGAAGCAGGUAAAUGGGUGGGGAGAAUUUUUGCAUUGAGUAUCUCUGACAAAGGUGUCAUUUUUAAGAUAUAUAGGGAAUUGAUUCAAAUUUAUUAGAAGGAAGGCCAUUAUCCAAUUGAUAAGUAGUUAGAGGACAUGAACAGGUUCUUUUAAGAAGAAGAAAUUCAAUCUACCAAUAGUAAUAUGAAAAGACUGUCCACAUCAUUAAUAAGAUGUUUUGAAGAUUUGCCUCAUAUUCAUCAGAUUUGCAGAGUUGACACAAAAAAGGAAAAUGAUGAAUGUUGGAAUUUGGGAAGAUAGGUCCAUUAAUGCCCUGCUGGUAGAGCCGUGAAUUGGUCAAGUCAUAUUAGAAAGCAAUUUGGAACAAUGCUGUGAAAGUUAAACUAAGCUGUAACUUUGAUCAUGAUGAAGUCUAAAAUCCAAAGAGUCCAAAAUAAAAAAGAAUCUAUACGUACAAAAAUUCUUAAGGAAACUAAGGGAAUGGCUAAACAAAUUAUGGCUUAGGAAUGUAAUGGAAUACUUUUGUGUUUUAACAAAUGAUAAAGAAGAUAUGUAUGAACUAACCAAAACACUCUGCAAUAACAAUAUUAAAAAAUAUAAGACAAAAAACUCUAAAA